AUGAUCGUUCUCGCGGAGAUGUCGUCUCCGAGCGCCGCCAUGUCUCUCCAGGCGGACGACUGUGCACUAAUGUACGAUACGGAUGACGACCUAUUAUCGAUCUCAGAUACAGAUUCGUCCGAUGCUUGUCAACAGCACGCGCAAAAGUCCGAAUAUCUUCGCUUCUAUGACCCCGAUGACAGCAUGCAGGCAGUCAAGGAUCACAUCCGUCUUCGUUUCCCCUCGCUGUCUGUUGUCGAUGUGGAAUCCACGGCUUCUACAGACGCGCAGAUGCUACGUAGUAGAGGCAUGGAUUUCGAGAUCAUGUUGAGCGAGCCGCCACUGGGGACAAGCAUUCUGGAGUUGGAAGAAGCGCUAAGUCAGAGCGAGCGAAUGUCUUGCGACUGGCAGACUGGGCAGCUGUUCCGUCGGAUUGCCUCGAACAUCUCACCGACUGGCUACUUCGGCCCGACAGCGCAUGUUCUGGCGGAGCAUACGAGCAUGCCCUGGCUUUCUGACAGUGUGGGAGGGACCUACUUGAGGUCGGAUAUAGGAUAUCCAUCAUGGUCCCAGGCCUUUGGAGAACUCUUCUACACGGCGUUGGAGGAAGCAGGAAAGUCUCGAAUCACACUACCGUCUUACAAGCUACAUGUCGCCUUUGAGCGUUUUCGCCCUGUGUUCGACGUUGUCAAACGACCGAGCUUAGUGGCAGUGGACGGGUGCGAAGACAGCCACGUCUUGGUUUUACGACGUAAAGAAAGCAAAAGAUACGCAAGCUCGAGACCUAGCGUUUCCGAUGCCUCUGAGGAUGAGAGCGCAGAUGACGCGUUUAGAAACAUCGGGAACCUCUCGACGGAUGUCAAAGUGACUGGUUUAAAGAACUGGGGGCAUUUCGUCUUUGGCGAUCCUUUAUUUGCAACCUGCUUCCUCAACACGGCAUCAGAGGACCUGACCAAGGGAAUGAACACAGCAUUCAGUGCCGAUGACCCCCUGGGUGACGCAGACCUUGUGGAGGACCCGCAGGGUGCACACAUUCGCCUGCUGUUCUACGACAUUGUGCACACGAUGCGUGGAAUUGCGAGGCAGCACAAGGGCGUCAGGACUCCGGACAGUGCGCAAAAGGAGGAUAUGUGGUGGGCAAGGCUCAGAAAGGCCUUGGCAAAGCUUGAUGUUAUGACAGCGCAGGAAGAAAAGGGGUAG